ACCAGCGAUUCCUCCAUAUGAUUGUUGUCAUUAUGUUAUCAUAGCAGACAUCCGGAUUUUCUGGAAUCAAAAUUUUGACAACCUGCCGGUCUAGUGCAUAACCGUCGAAAAUGACGACGAACACGGAGGAUCUGCAAAAGUUGGAGGAGGAGGCGGUCGCUAGAGGUACGAAGUAUGUCGCGAACCUCCUGCAACGGCCAGGCCAACUGGAAAAGAUUGACAUGUACAAACGUAGGAUCGGCAGGAAGAAGGCGUCCGUCGAAACUAUGUUGAAAACCGCGAUGCAGAGCCAACUGGAUGGAGUCAGGGUAGGCUUCGAGCAGCUGCAAAGUUCUUUGGAAAGUAUUGCCACUAUCAAGGACGACCUGGAUCAUAUUGACCAGCUGUUUAGCUCGGUUCUAAAGCUCAGUUCUAGAUUACAGGCGGUGCAGGAGGAGAAUAUGCGUCAUUCCCAAUAUGUUAUCGCGAAGGAAAACCUGAAACACAUAUUCACUGUUCCUGAGAGUGUCGAGAAGACGAAACAGUGGAUAAACGAAGGUAAACUGCUACAUGCGCAUCAGAGUCUGAUGGAUCUUGAAACCUCCAGAGAUGAAUUGCUGUAUGAACUUCAUAAACUGCCAAAUCAAUCACCGGCAGACACGGUUAUGCUGAAGGCUUACUUCGAAGAUGUUGAGAUGCUCUCGCAGCUCAUGGAAAAGCAGAUCAGGCUGGUGCUGAGUCGAACUUUAAAUACAGUUAGGAAGGAACCUACCGUUAUAGUAACGCCUUUGAGAAUUAUAGAGAGAGAAGAAAAAGCAGAUCAAUUCGCCAUUCAAAGACACAAGCAAAGUGGAUUUAUGGCACCAGGUAGACCUAAAAAGUGGAAGGAAAUGGCGAUGAAGGUACUGGAAAAGUCAGUUGCCAACAGAAUCGAAGGGACUCAGGUAGAAGAGAGAGCAGAUAACAAAAUGUGGUUGGUGAGAUAUCUAGAACUCACAAGACUUUUGAUUCUUGAAGAUUUGAGAGUAGUAAAGACUCUGUGCAGACCAUGCUUUCCACCUUGGUAUGACAUAGUAAGAACUUUUGUCAAAAUGUAUCAUACAAGUCUAUCUCAACACUUGAAGGAUAUAAUUGCUGGUGGGCUAGAAGGAAACGAAUAUGUUUCUUUGUUGGCAUGGAUUAUGAAUACUUAUACAGGACCAGAGCUGAUGCAGCACCCCGAAUUGAAUAUUGACACGUCUGAUAUCGGUCCGCUUCUUAGUCCCGAAAUGAUAAACGAUCUCCAAGAAAAAUAUUUGCGGAAUAUGUGUCAAAAUUAUGAGGAUUGGAUGAGAAAAACGCUGGAAACAGAGAAACUCGAUUGGAGGAGCGGCAUCUUGCCUGAAAGUAGCACUCAGGAGCUAUAUUAUCACACUGCGGCGCCGGUUAUCAUAUUCCAGAUGAUCGAUCAAAAUCUCCAAGUUGCGAAAACCAUUAGCUCUGAUUUAACGGCGCAAGCCUUAAUUUUAUGUAUUGAGCAGGUAAUUAAAUAUGGAUCUAUGUACAGACAGGCGAUAUUAGAAUUUAAAACGAAACAUUUCGAGGACCGAAGCCAGGUACCUUACUUCACUCAUCAUAUGAUUACGAUAGUCAAUAAUUGUGUACAGUUUACCGAAUUAGCACAACAGAUGAAGCAAUUAUACUGGAUGCCCAAUACUACCGGGGACGCCACUGUGAAAUUUGAGAGUCUCUUGGCACACUAUCAGCAUUUGAGGAACGAGGCCGCGGCUAUUUUGCUACAGGAAUCUUUCUUAGAUUUGGAACUGCAUUUCCAGGAUUUGAUCACCCCCAAAUGGUUGUCAUCGCCUAUCCCAGUGGAAACUAUCUGCGUUACCUUGGAAGAUUAUUUUCAAGAUUAUAAUCACUUGAGUCCUAAGAAUUUCGAGUAUGUUAUCACUGAAGCACAGAAUCUUAUCGCGAAGCGUUACAUAUCUGCGAUGCUGCAAAGGAAAAUAUCGCUAAAGACUUAUGAUGAAUGCCUGACAUGCACAUCUAAGAUAAUGACGGAGGCGGAUAAAUUGAAGAAUUUCUUCGAUAGGAUCGCACCAAAAAUCGGAAACUUCAAUUCGCCAUUCGAAAUAAUAAAACGCCUUGCCGAGGUGCUGAGGUGUGAGGACGCAGAGAUUCUCUCCCUCGAUUUGCACUCGUUAGUCGAGAAAUAUCCUGACAUGACCGAAGAUCAUUUGAUCAGACUGCUCGGUUUAAGAGGUGAUAUAUCACGAGCGGAGGCCCGAGGAAAAGUCUCUUAUAUUAUGGAAGCUCAACGAAAUCGAAAACCUGUACAAUCCAUGACGAACAGCAUAUUCAAGCAGAUAGUUAUACAGGACAGUUUCCUCGGCUGGAAGCCUUGAGAGUGGAAGAAUUUUUACGAAACAAAAAUAUGGAAUGCAAACGGUUUCUCUAUGUAGUAUCAUCGCCAUUCUUUUAUAUUAAGCGUAUUUUUCUAAUACGCAAGCGAAAGAUGUAAUAUAUAUUUAUGUAAAUUUCGAUAAAUAUGCAAUAAUGCAGUCUAAUGCUCUC